AGCAAAGCUAGCCAUGGCCAUGCUUCUGCUCGCGUCGAUUGUACUGGAAGACACGAGAUGUUCCUCUGCAAUGGUGCUGUUCAUCUUCGGCGAUUCAUUGAGUGAUGUUGGGAACAAUUACUAUCUCACUAGGAGCUUGGCUCGCCCGGCUUUGCCAUGGUAUGGGAUUGACUUCGGCGAUGGACUGCCCAGUGGAAGGUUCACUAAUGGCCGCACCAUUGCUGACAUAGUUGGUGAAAAAAUGGGUCUCCCAAGGCCACCGCCUUUCCUUGAUCCUUCACUGGAUGAAGAUACUAUAAUCAACCAAGGAGUCAAUUACGCAUCAGGAGGAGGUGGAAUCUUGAAUGAGACCGGAUCAAUUUUUAUUCAAAGAUAUUCAUUUUGGAAACAAAUCGAACUGUUCAAAGGAACUCAAGAGAUGAUAAGAAGGAAGAUUGGCAAGGAAGCUGCUGACAAGUUCUUCCAGCAAGCUCUCUAUGUUGUAGCCAUGGGAAGCAAUGACUACAUAAACAACUUCCUCUUGCCAUUUUGCUCUGACUCAUGGAAUUAUGAUGGAGAUACAUUCACGAACUACCUCAUAACUACACUCGAGAGCCAAUUAAGGGUUUUGCACUCGCUAGGAGUAAGGCAGAUGACAUUUUUUGGUUUAGGCCCACUGGGUUGCAUCCCUUUGCAGAGGUUUUUUAAUCAAUCUGGGCAGUGCCAAGAGUCUACAAACAAGCUAGCUCUCAAGUUUAAUAGCAAAUCCGUGAAUCUCCUUGAGAACUUGUCAAAAACUCUUCCAAAUGUUACUUUUAAGUUUGUAGAUGCUUAUAAUUCCUUUUAUGAUCUUAUAAAUCGCCCAAAAAACUAUGGUUUUACCAACGUAACAGAUCCUUGCUGCUCAAUAGGAAAUUUAAGAGCUUCUCUCACAUGCACGCCAUUGUCAAGGUUGUGUAAAGAUAGAAGCAAGUAUGUGUUCUGGGAUGCAUAUCACCCCACAGAAAGAGCAAAUGCAUUUAUGGCGCACUCAUUCCUCAAUAUAAUGGGAAUUGAUCAGAAGCCAACUAAUGAAACAAUUUAAUGAUUCAUAACCUGAGAAAAUCUCGACACAUACUUCUUUGUUGGCAGGACUCUUAAAUUUCUUACUUGC